AGUACCAGCUGUUUCCAUUGUUGAUGCAUUUUAACGGUAAGGUAGUCAUUGGUCUACACAGCAGCGUAAAGUCAGGUUACGUGGAAAUACGUAAGUGCGUCAAAAGUUCUUUUCUCCAUCGGUGUGUGACGUAGUUGGGAUUCCGAAUCGUUUUUUAUUGCCCCAUGUUUGUGGCUGACGAAAAAUCCAUCGCCAUUACGUUGUAAACAAAGCGUCCACGUCGCCAUCGGUAGUGGUGGUGCAGCAAUCGAUACAGAAGAGUGCGUUUGUGUGUGUGUGUGUGUGGUUUACGAUUUGUGCAUGAUUUUUCGAAAAAAUCGUUGAAUUUUGCGAAAUAUUGGUAGAUUUGCACGGAAAUUCUCCCCAAAGCUGGUAGCCGGAAGAUUUGAAGAGUCAUACAGCAAGUAGCUUGGACAAAGAAGACACCACCUCUGACGCCGGACGGAGAGUGUUUGGUGAGGUGCAAGCGAGACGACCGAACGCAGGCGUAGGUGGGAGUGAGCGAAACGGAUAGUUUGUUUAUUUUUUUUCCACCCGGAAUGUGUACGUGACGAAGCGCGUUGGAGAGUUGUAAAAAAAAAGGAGGAAAAACAAUCAUCCGACAGUGCUUCAGUUUGUUGUGUGCGUGCGCGCGUCGUAUGAUUUUGCUUUGUUGAUUCGAAAACGCUCGCUGCUGGGCUCGCGACUGAACGUUCGAGUUUUGGAAAUCCACGGCAUCGUUGAAGGUUUCGCGUCGAGUGAUAGUGAGAGGAAAAACGGGCGGCCUGUUCGAGGGCGAAUUCGCUGCCGCCGCGGUACGAAUCGACGAGUUCUUUGUUUACAAAACAGUACCAGGUCGAGUGCGGGAGCUAGCGGAGAAGGAAGAGUGGAAAAUUUGUAAGCGGGUGUUGGCCGUUUUCGUGAGGUGCAUUUAUUAGUUCGCAGUCAAACAUCUAGUAGAAAAACAAAACAAACCAUUCAAGUCAUCGAGUCGAGGCAGAAGGCUGCAGAAUGUUCCGUACGAUUAAUCUAUCGGGCGACAAAGGAUCGGCUGUCAGCGGCAAGGUGCCGAUGACCACGUCCAGCCAGCUCAUGAAGCUGGGAGCGGAGGAUCUGGGAGAAUCCUGGAUCGAGCUGUCGUCCAACACGAGUCAAAAUGGAACGUCCAUGGUGGGCAGCAGUUUGCCGCAAGCAACACAGAUAGUAACAACGGGCACCGCCCCGUCGGCCCUUGCGGGCGCGAAGAGUCCGGACCGGACCACGCCACUUCCGUUCGCGUCGGUCGAGGAGUACAUAAGACUGCUACGAGAAGCGCAGCGCGAGUCGAAGGAGUCGAGCCGGGUCGCGUCGCUGACGAGUUCGCGCAAAAAUACACCCCGUGGAAGUCCCAAAUCGCCACCGAACAGCCCCAACACGGAGCUGGCCGCCACCGAGGAAGAUCUCAGAAACGUCUACAUCAACUAUGUCAACAAGGAUGGUGACAUUGUCAAAGAUACUGAUUGGGUGUGGGAUUGGAGCAGUCGACCAGAUCAGCAGCCACCAAAAGACUGGAAAUUCGAACAUCCCAAGCAAUCGGCAGGACAGGAGGAUGCCAACAAACCGAUUCACGCAGGCUACUCGAUAAGGCAGGUGCGCUUCGGAAAGAACUCCCUGUUCUCGCGGGAGUUUCUUUACUCGAUCGUGUUGACGAAUGUUUUGUCGCUGUUGCUCGGUGCCGGCAUUGGCGCCUGGCUACAGAAACGAGGACUGUUUCUGACUCGUGUAUCGAUCGAGUAAAGCACACGAAACGUUUUAGCAAGUUCGGCCAGCAAGUCCCCGGCCACAGACGUUGCCCGACACAUAGAGACCGUUACUUGGGCAUCACAACCAUCACCUAUCCACGCGACCACAAUGCAUGCUUCUAGAGAUCCCGAUCCCCUUUCCAGCGACAUGUUGUGAUCGUAUGCAGUACAGAGCAUUUAUCUUAUAGCGUGCCGGCGUUUGGAUUGGAACCAGUGAAAGGCCAGCAAAAUCAUUGGGAGGUGGGAACGGAGGUGAAAGGCGGGGUUUAGUUCGAAAUGGGCUGAUGGGACUGGUGGGAACUUUUGACGAUCGUGAAACCUUUUCUCAGAGUGUCGGACAGAUCAGAUGGUACAGUGUAAUGAGUGUAUUGUGCGUGGUAGAUUUUUGUGGUAGAAGAAAGUGCAUGAUGUACUAAUCGGACGGACAAAAUCCAGAUCUUGUAAAACUGAAUGCGGUUUCCCGGGAGCUCCGGAAAAGCGAUCGAUUUCAAUAGGACGGUCACAUUUCAUCUAGACAAUGGAUGUUUCAGGGUAGGUUUUUUUAGUUAUUGAGCAAUGGGAUGUUUUUCUCGUGCGAUAGAGUGUGAAGCAGCAGUGAGGGAUCUAUCAGUCCAACGUAUUUCUUUUGGUAGGCUUAAGAUUCAAAGAGAUUGAUGAACGAGAGAUCGAGCGAGCGGAAGGAAAAAGAUAGGGGCCAAUCGUAGCCCGUUAGUGGCAGGUAAUUGAUCGUUUUUUAUGUAGGGGGAAAACUAGGGUUUGGGAUGCAUUUUUGAUGCACCGGUGGUGACCGUAAACGAAGGGAACAGAAGCGUAAGAUUUCGAACGAUAUCCUUCCGCAGGGAGGAAGUGGUAGUUUGUUUGAAAGCGAAAACAGACGAUAAUCAGGAAACGAAGGAGGAGUGUGCAUGGUAGGAAAUGUAGUCCAUUCAACUUUAUUCCAUUUUUUCUAAUAACGUAUAAUGGGCAGGAUUUCACGAUGCAAACGCAGGUGUUACAAAAGUGGGGUAAAUUUACAGAAGAUGCCAGCCAAACGAGUAGAGUAGGAGGUACGAUAUCCAUUUUAAAGAAACAAAACAAUUUGGUGACACGAGAUUAAUAAGCGCGUUUGAGGAUAGUCUAUUCCAGGAGCAAAGUGAUAUAUUUUGAAUGUCUUUCGUUGUUUUGCGUUUUUUUCCCUUUUCAAUAAUUUUGUGCUUCGUUUUGUUUAAGUUUUAAACAUUUGUUUUACUGUCCACACGGCUUUCAUAACGCCGGCAUUCAGUAAAAGACAGAAAUGAGUGAAAUUAACCGAGACACGUGCUAGCCAAGACUAGAACCCUAGCGAUGCCCUAUAAAUCUAACGGAUCACAAAAGGCCUACUAGAGCUACUAGGAAUACUUUUCAUCAUUAUCACGUUUUUUCGCUUUUACUUAACAUGUUUCAAUGGUAUCAAUAAUUGGUAAUGCUAUUUAUGUAUGUUUUUAAUUUUAUUUUAACAAGCUAUUUUCCGUUUAUAGCGCUUCAUGGCUUCAUUUCCAUUUUUCGUACCGCUUUUGCAUUUGCACACACUGUUCGGACGAAAGGUAGGCAAGCGUAAAUGAUCUUUUUUCCAAUUGCUUAGGGAGCAGCGUGUCUGGAGGUAUUCUUCUUCAUGGAAAAUAAACAAAACGCGAAGGAAAUUAAUUAAGAUCGUGCCACGCGUAACAUAAUUGGUAUUUGUAAUUCAGCGACCAUUACUUUGUAUUACUCCUUAAGCAUUAUACACCUAAAGUCAUGAAAUAAAUAUGGCAAAGAGAAAAGCAUACAAAGUGGGAGUUAAAAAAAUAUGAAAAAUGUAACCAAAUAGAAGUAGCUUGAGAAACUGGUUCUUGAAAUGGAAAAUUGAUGAAUACAACGUUUAUGUUCCAAAAUUUGAUCAUUGUGCUACAAAGUGUCCUAGACGCUGUAAAUUCGGCCGUUAUGUAUUAAUUAAAUUUAGAGGGGCAAAAGAAAAAUAAGACAAUAAGAAAUUGGCUCAUGCUGCAGUUUGCUGUUCCGUUGCCAACAGAUCAACUCGAAAGCUAUGAGAA